AUGACAGACAAACCGGGCAUGCCAGCGGGCGGCGGAGAUGACGCAGGAAGCAUUAUGGCGUUGCUGGAGCGCGUGGCGGGCCUCAUGGACAGCGUCCAGACCACACAGCAGCGCAUGGAGGAACGUCAGCUGGAGCUGGAGAACACAGUGAAGACCAUCCAGGCCGACGUCGUCAAACUGACCAGCGACCACGCCAACACCAGCUCCACUGUCGACCGGCUGCUGGAGAAGACGCGCAAGGUCAGCCGCCACAUCAAGGAUGUCAGGGUGCGUGUGGAGAACCAGAACAUCAGAGUGAAGAAGGUGGAGGCCACCCAGGGUGACCUCCUGGCCAAGAACAAGUUCCGGGUGGUUAUUUAUCAGGGUGACCAGGAGGUCAAAGCUGUUACACCAGGAAAUGAGCCAGCAGAACCCAGCGGCAGUGGCGGCGCCAGAGCCGAGGUGGAACCAGACAAGUUCGAGCUCCCCCCAGAGUCGGACGAGGAGUACAUGGUGGUGGAGGAGGCGGACUCCUCGGCAGCCGGCCGCAUGAAGAAGUCAGGCCUGACACGCAUCGAGAGCUUCAAAGCCACAUUCUCCAAGCAGAACAUGAGCAAGACCCGCGAGAACCUGGGCACCAAGGUCAACAAGUUCGGUGAGCGCAUCGUGACGGCCGAGAGGCGCGAGAAGAUCCGCCAGUCUGGCGAGAGGCUGAAGCAGUCCGGCGAGAGGCUGAAGGAGACCAUCACCAAGAGCGUCCCGGCCAAGCUCAACUUGAAGAAGGAGAGGACUGUGGCGGAGGGCCAGGAAGGAGCUGAGGGCGCCAAUGAGGGAGCCAUGCCCGUCCCUCCUCCAAAGGGCCGCAAGGGCAGCCCGGACGCCGCCAAGGCGUCUGCCGACGACGGCAAGGCAGAGGAGUCUAAGGUGCCGACGUACGACAUGAAGCAGCUAUCGUAA